AUGUCUUCUUCAACAAAAUUCUUAACUUUAAAGACUUGCGAUGAUAAGAAAUUUGUACUGGACGAGGCGAUAGCCGUAAGGUCACAAACUAUCAAGAAUAUGGUUGAAGACGAUUGUGUUUCAAACGUUAUUCCCCUGCCUAAUGUCGAUAGCAAAACAAUGACCAAAGUGAUCGAAUACUGGAAGAAACAUUCAGAGGAAGGCGUCUCCAAAGAUAUGCUGAUAGACUUUGACAAGGCUUUUGUGAAAGUGCACCACUCGAUUUUGUAUGCUCUUAUCUUAGCUGCUAAUUUUCUUAACGAUAAGGAGAUAUUGGAUAUGAUGUGUCAAGAAGUUGCCGAUAGGAUUAAAGGGAAAACACCAGAAGAAAUACGUAAAGAAUUUGAUAUCAAGAAUGAUUUUACUCCCGAGGAAGAAGAGGAGAUCCGUAGAGAGAAUGCUUGGGUUUUUGAAUAA